UCUCCGCGAGUCGUGACGUAUCCACCGGAUUGUUCAAACAAACCACAUUUUGAGAUACAAUCCCAGAAUUCGUCGAAUUUCUUUUUGUGUCUCUAAGAAAAACAAAUAUUUUUGAGUUUUUACAAGAAAUUAAAAACCUCGGUGGCUAUACAGAUAUUUUGGUAACUAAAAACCAAACAUAAAAGUGCUAAAAAGGCUUUAUAAAAAAUAAAAGAUUUGAAUAUAUAAAAGCCCUCAUAUAUCUAUGAAUUAAACAAGUGACAGUGCCAACAAUCCAAACAGUGUAAACAUAAAUAAUAACGACUAAACACAGGAUAUGCCUUAACUGGGGAUUGAGUUUCACCUGAUUUGUAUUGCCACCUUUCGUAUAUAAUUAUAAUCAACGUGAUCACGCGCUCACACCAGGCUAAAGCAAAUCGGAAAAGAGAAGACCUGGCAAAAGGAGCAGGAUCGAGUAUUUCUUUUCUUUUUGUUUUUGGCGAAACCCAUAAUUUCGCCUCUCUGCUUCUUCUUCGCGGGCUCCAUGGUGUCGCCGGCUUGACCGCCGCCUGCCUGCCUAUAAACAAACCCAAGUCUUCGAAGACCCCGACACCGACUCCAGAAAACCCAGCCAAAGACAGCGAGCGCGAGAUACAACGAAUCCAGUUCUCCUGGUGCUUUUGUUUUGCUUUUGUUGCCUGCCUCGCGUUUAUUGUUUUGCUGCACAGCCCCGGAAAAGAGGGGACUUGAGGGGGAAACUGGCCCCAAAACACCCGGGAUCCCGAUACCGAUCCCCGUCUCUAUACAGAGAGGAAGGCCAACAAAAACAGCCCAAGAACGACUAAGUUGCAUUGCAGCCGCCGCCGUAUAAAAAUCAUCAGCAUUGUUGUUGCUGCUGCUGCUGCGCCUCUGGCCCACGUCGUUGUUGUUGCUGUUGCUGUUGUUGUAGCCAUCAGACAUGGCGCCGAAAUCCAGAAAGAAGAAGGCUCAUGCCCGUUCGCUGACCUGCUACUGCGAUGGUAGCUGUCCCGACAAUGUGAGCAAUGGAACCUGUGAGACCAGACCAGGAGGCAGUUGCUUUAGCGCUGUGCAACAGCUGUACGAUGAGACGACUGGAAUGUACGAGGAGGAGCGCACUUUCGGAUGUAUGCCCCCUGAAGACAACGGCGGCUUCCUUAUGUGCAAAGUGGCCGCUGUACCCCACCUGCAUGGCAAGAACAUCGUGUGCUGCGACAAGGAGGACUUCUGCAACCGCGACCUGUACCCCACCUACACACCCAAGCUGACCACCCCGGCGCCGGAUUUGCCCGUAAGCAGCGAGUCCGUCCACACGCUGGCCGUCUUCGCCUCCAUCAUCGUCUCCCUGUCCGUGUUCAUGCUGAUCCUGGCCAGCCUGUGCCUCACCUACAAGCGGCGCGAGAAGCUGCGCAAGCAACCACGUCUCAUCAACUCCAUGUGCAAUUCGCAGCUCUCGCCUUUGUCACAACUGGUGGAACAGAGUUCGGGCUCGGGAUCGGGAUUACCACUCCUCGUGCAGAGAACCAUUGCCAAGCAGAUCCAAAUGGUGCGACUGGUGGGCAAGGGUCGGUAUGGAGAGGUCUGGCUGGCCAAGUGGCGCGAUGAGCGGGUGGCCGUCAAGACCUUCUUCACCACCGAAGAGGCUUCCUGGUUCCGGGAGACGGAGAUUUAUCAGACUGUGCUGAUGCGCCACGACAACAUCCUGGGCUUCAUUGCCGCCGACAUUAAGGGUAACGGCAGCUGGACACAGAUGCUACUGAUCACCGACUACCACGAGAUGGGCAGCCUGCACGAUUACCUCUCCAUGUCGGUGAUUAAUCCCCAGAAGCUACAACUGCUGGCCUUCUCUCUGGCCUCCGGAUUGGCCCACCUGCACGACGAGAUCUUUGGCACACCCGGCAAACCGGCUAUUGCACAUCGCGAUAUCAAGAGCAAGAACAUACUGGUUAAGAGGAAUGGUCAGUGCGCCAUCGCUGACUUUGGACUGGCGGUUAAGUACAACUCGGAACUGGAUGUCAUUCACAUUGCCCAGAAUCCACGUGUAGGAACACGGCGCUACAUGGCUCCGGAGGUGUUGAGCCAACAGCUGGAUCCCAAGCAGUUCGAGGAGUUCAAGCGAGCGGAUAUGUACUCAGUGGGUCUGGUCCUGUGGGAGAUGGCCCGUCGCUGCUACACACCCAUCUCGGGCACCAAGACGACCACCUGCGAGGAUUAUGCCCUGCCUUACCACGAUGUGGUGCCCUCGGAUCCCACCUUCGAGGACAUGCACGCUGUGGUGUGUGUGAAGGGCUUCCGCCCGCCGAUACCAACGCGCUGGCAGGAGGACGAUGUACUGGCCACCGUCUCCAAGAUCAUGCUGGAGUGCUGGCACCCGAAUCCCACCGUCCGGCUGACAGCCCUGCGCGUCAAGAAGACGUUAGGGCGGCUGGAAACAGACUGCCUGAUCGAUGUGCCCAUCAAGAUUGUAUAGGCAGCAGCUGUUCAUAGUAUCGUUUUAGGUUUAACCUAAGUUGCAUUUAGUUUUCUGUUUUCGUUCAACCUAUUCUGUUGAAAGCCUGGUUCCCAGCUUUUUGGUGGGAACCUCAUAGUUAGUUUUUAAUCGUAAGUUGCCUGUACUUGAGCGAAGCAAAGCAGAGGAUCCUUCAGAGGUGCCUAUUAUACGGUUACUUUAAUCGCCGCACUGAUUGUAGGCUAGAGGUUAGAUUUAGCGCUACUACAUAAGUUUACAGGAGCUAGUUUGCUAAGGCCCCUUGCAAAAUCUUUGGUUAGAAAAAUGCUUUAACUAUUUGAGAAAUAUAGGAAGUAUGUUUUUCUUGGAUGACACAUAUUCAUGUUAAUGUACAUAAGUAUGAGAACAAAAAUCAAUCAGAAUCGAAAUUUACAUGUAACAUACUUUAAUUUUUGUGCCAGCUUUUGUAUGCUUUAACUUUACAAUUUAAGACCAUCCCAUUUCUUCGACCCCCGAGGCUUAAGCCUCAGCAUACAGCAUAUAUAUAUGAAUGUGUUAUGUUUGUAUCUAGUGUUUAGGUGAAAACUUUGCAGACUUCGUGCAAGUAAAUGCUGCCUUUUGUAAAAUCCACGGAAUUAGUUGCCUUAAGACAGAGCGUAAAGACAGGAGCCCGACUCCCUUCCUCCCCCUUUGAGUAGCACAUAUUUAUCUAUAUCCAGAGAUAGAUAGGACUGGCAGAUGCGUAUCUCGAGAAGUGCACUUGUGUCGGCUCUCUUGUUUUGUGUAAAUAGCAAAGAUGUUUAUAGGCCGCUAACCUUACAUAUAUAUAGUAUAUAUAUUAUAUAUUAUCGUUAUAAGCGAUUCUGUAAAUACUAUAUAUGUAUCUUUAUCUGUAACCGUUUAACUUAUCUCUUAUCGUUCUUAUCGAGUAACCUUGUCUAAGCUAGAGUUAGACAGACUAGCCAGUAAGAGCAACAAGUAAACUAUAUAAACUAGAUGGACAUGUA